AUGAAGGGCCAACGGCGCGGCAUUCAGCCCCUCGGCAAAGGAGGAGCCAAGCGUCAUCGCAAGGUUCUUCGGGACAACAUCCAGGGCAUCACCAAGCCUGCUAUCCGCCGUCUGGCUCGCCGCGGUGGCGUGAAGCGCAUCUCUGGACUCAUCUACGAGGAGACCCGUGGAGUGCUCAAGGUAUUCCUGGAGAACGUCAUCCGCGACGCUGUGACUUACACCGAGCACGCCAAGCGCAAGACGGUGACUGCGAUGGACGUCGUGCACGCCCUCAAGCUCCAGGGCCGCACCCUCUACGGCUUCGGUGGCUAAGCGACUCGCUCCGCGGAUAUCCAGACCAGCGUCCACGAAAACAGCAGACACAAAAAACGGCCCUCUUCAGGGCCACCCAAAAGCCUGAGCGUGAGGCUCGCCUAUGCGUUAGCAUGGAAAACACCCAACGAGAGAGGUUUUGCAGUGUUAGUGUUGCGUUCGCUCGCUAC